UAGGUUUAUAAUUUUUUUUUUUUUUUAAUAUUUUAUCUUUCAUCGGGGUUGGAUGUUGGAGGCUUGGCUGAGUUGGAUCCCUAAUUCCCUAAACUAAAACACAGCAACCCAGGCACCCAGCUCGUUCUCCGCCGUUUCGAGUGACUCUCUCCAUCCCCACCUCUCUCUCGUCAGUCGUCUCCGAGCUUCAGGACUUCAGAUUUGAGAUUUGGAGCUACUUUCAUUGCUUGAUGCAUUGAUGCCUAAUGCCUUGAUUUGCUAUUUUGCUUCGGUCAAUCCCGAGUUCUCGACCAGACGAGUGAGACGACCACGGAUGAGUGGAUGACGGAUCACCUGAUUCAGUGAUUCACCUCAAUGAAAAUUGAAAUUCGCAAGGUUCUCUCGUAUGGUUGAUAGCCUCAAAAAACCCUCUGCAGUUCUUUUGGGGUUUGUUCAUGAGUGAGAAUGGGGACGAGAGAGGUGUAUGAACAGAAGCUAAGGAGUGGGAAUCUGCAUCAUGAUCCUACCAUGAAACCAGGCCUCGGCACCCCUCGCUGCCCGCGCUGUCUCUCUCUCCUUGACCAUGAUUCGGGAAAGGGUGAAUGGACCAUCACUCCUGUUCUUCAUGACGCCACUGCUGUUGCUGGCUCAGGUAUUGGUGGAAUGCUUAGUGCAAUUCAUGGCUUCAAUACAGGGAUCCCGUACCUUCAAAAUCGCUUAAAAGGACCAAAGUGGCUUCCUUUCUUAGUUGGGCUUCCUCCUCUGCUACUCUUUUCGGGUGCCAGUGCUGCAUUUGGAGGUUCAGUGCAGUUUGCGCACUCAUAUCUUAACUUAGGCCUCUUGGAAUAAAAGGAACAAAAGGACCUAGUUUUCCCUAUUUAUGAGUUAUUCAGUGAAUAUAUGAAGAUAUAUUUUGUGCUGGAUGCAUGGCUGCGGGCUUGACAUCGUAUGGAUGCCACGCUAUAUUUUACUGUUCACCAUCAGAAUUAUCUUUCUAUUUUGUAACUAUUAGUAGUGUCAGCAUUACCCUCUGCUAUAAUUGAAGUUUCUGCAGUAAAGAUGCGUAAUAAAGACUGAAUUGCAAGAGUCCUUUCUUAAUGUUCAUUGUUACUUAGGCAUAUAGAUAUCAUGGAUUACAUUUUCCCAUGCUAUUAUGCUUAACAUAUGGCGUGCUCAUGGUACAAUUGACCCCACUGAGAUUUCCAUUCAGUUUUAUACCAUAGAAUGGCUUAAAGAUUGAACUUUUAGCUUCUACCUCAGCUACUUCCCUUGCCUUUUGAAACUGGUGAUGAUUAGUGACAGGCUGCUAUAAGUUCUUAUAAAUAUAGAUCAAGAACAAAACCUGUCACCAAUGUAUUGGUGUGCUGUGAUUGAAUGUUAAUUAUUAUUUAAAAUACUGUAUGGAGUUGCUACACACUCCUUAUAACCAUACCAGGAUAGCAACAUGAGAGCUUUUUAUUUACAGUGAAAUUUGUCUUUGCAUUGUGUAAUUUUCAAUUGUGUGAAUUAAUUGUUACAUUUUGUAAACCAGUCUUUUUAUUGCCUAAUGUUAAAUAAGUUGUUAUAAUCUUAUAUAUUCAGGCUUUGUGAUUGCAUGCUAAAAUUACUUCCUGACAGUAUAAAACCACUGAAAUUAGCCUUCUGUCUCAAAAGGUUCAUGUGAUAAAAUUUUGACAAUGGACCAUUUGGUUAUGGGCUUUAGAACGAUAUAUGGUCCAUUGAUCCUCUUCUUAUUACACGUCAGGGGCCAUUGGUAGGGCCAUCUUUGUUCAAAUAAUUUCAUGGCCAUACUUCCUUCUCUAAGACAUGGGAAAGCUAAAUGGUUUGAAGUUCAUCUUGUAUUGGGGUAUGCAAGUCUUCUUCUUUCUAUCAUUUUUAAUGGGGAACUUGUCACUGACUAAGCCACAGGAAAAAAAGAAAGAAAGAAGAAACAGGAAGAUGAAAGAAAAAAAAUGAAGACGGGGUUUUCUUUGGGAGGGGCUUGCUUCUAAUAGAGAGAAGGUCAGAAACAAGAAAAAGGAGCUUGCUUCUAACAGAGAGAUGGUUGUGAUGGUCAAUAGAUUUGUUUAGUGUUGGUGUUGUGAUUUGAACUAUCAACUAGCUUUGGUCAAUGGUGGUUCCAAUUUCGGUUUGGUUGUACUGGUCAGGAGAGUGAUGAGAUUAAAAAGAAGAACUUGGUUUUUGGUUGGCUCUGUUCUAAUGUGAGAUCUGACAAAGAAGGUUUGCUUGAAGUUGGGUACUGUAACAAGGUUUUAGAGGAAGAUCUCUAGACAGGUGGUGAAGGGACUAACUGAGCUUCUCUAGUUUUACAAAAUGGUUUUGUUUUGAAUCUGCUUAAAGACCUGAGGUGACUGGCUUUUAUAUUAUGAAAUUGUGUUUUCAUUAUAUUUUUCCUUGUUGAUUUUAUUUUAAUAACACCAUGUGACCAUAUAUGAAUUAAUAGUAUGAGUUUGAAGUACUGUGAUUUUGGUUAUUAAAGUAGUCAGUAUGAAAAUUGAGUGCAUGAGUAGUGAUCUGAUUUCGGUGAGUUUGUGGUGGUACAGAUUCUUCUUUAGGAUUCAAUUUGUCGUUGUGGGAGCAGUAAAACUAUAUACUUUUUAAGAAUCCUGUAGCCACUAGGAGAGUGGUGCUCGCAAUGUGCAGAUUACUAUUAUGAUGUGACCAUGUUUAGUGACUAUUAUGAGUUUAUGAGAGUGACCAUGAUUAGCGGCACGGUCACCCGGUUUAGCUAAAUAGGUUUGGCAGUGACAUUCCCAUAUGUAUUUAAUAAAUAGGUUUGCGGUGGCAUUCCCAUUUGAUAUUUAGUUAACCGCUUUACAGGGACAUUCCCAGCAUUAAUUUUUGAGCUUUCGGUGGUAGUUUGUUGGAUUUAAAAUAAAUCCUGUGAUUUGAGUCACUCACUGGGCUUGUUUUUGCUCAUCCCUCAUUUAUUUCAUGU